GGCGAUGGGGUCGGCCAACGACACUCCCGUCGCGUGCGGCGAGGCCUGCAAGGUGUGCUACAAGGCCGUGGUCGCCGCCAACCCAGGUGCCACGUUCCGCGCGACGGUCGACCAGGCCCAGGCGGACGAGGAGCUCGAGGCCAAGCUGGAGCAGGCUACGAACACCCAGAAGUCGGGCAAGCAAGCGUUCCAGCCGUCCGACGUGACUGAGAAUGUUUGCGUUCGCCUGAUCGUCAAGCGCCCCGUCUCCGUCGCGUCCUCCUCCACCGUGCGGGCCGACCUGCAGACGGAGCGCAUCCCGAAGAAGAUCAGCGACCAGACCGCGGUCGUCACCAUGCCGCACGAGUCUGGGAAGGGUGAGGAGACGUCGUUCCUCUUCAAGGGCGAGGGUGACGUGCCGCCGCGGACGGCCGAGCUCCAGGUCAUCCGCGAGUGGACCAUGAAUGGGAAGGUCUUGACAGCAAGCAACCAGCUCUUCGCCGCUCAGGGCGGAGAUGCAUUCGCUCGCUGCGCGACGGCUGGCUUCGAGGAGCACGGACUUCAGGCGCUCCUCAGCAAGAUCUCCUCCGACACGCUGCCGACCUACACGUCGUUCUUGGCAACGUCGGCUGACGCGGCCCCGAGGGCGGGGCAUCGCCUUGCUGAAGCCGCGCCGACUUCGCCCAUUGGCUCGCGGAUCCUUGGGGUGGCAGCCUUCAGCCCUGGGUCUGCUGCAAGGCGCCGCAUGAGGGCGAAGACUUCGACGUCCGAUUCCAGGGAGCCUUUCGACAGCCCCACCGCGGCCAGCAUCAUCAACGACGGGGCGUCUACUUUGGGCGGCGACUUAGACGACGGCGCCAUGGGGAACGACCUCCUGGCCAAGUGGAAGGCGCGGCUCCCGAUGCACGACGUCAUGGCCGACACCGUGGACGGGAGGACUAUAUCUGCCUUGCUCAAGAAGAUUGCUCGGUUGAACGCGACCGCUGAGGGGCAGGCCGACGGGGCCACCUUGACGAUUUUCGCCGAUGAGGUUUCUACUGCCAAGAAGCUGCAGCCUGCCAACAUGGUCGGGUACGACUGGGGGAAAAUCACGGAGUACGUGGACUGCAUGGUCCGUGCGAACGCCUCCUUCCCGAAGGCCACGAAGGCCGCCUUGGUGACUAGCCGGUUGAUGAGCUUCGACCAGCAGAACCAGUGGAAGCAAUUCGUUCGCAUCAUGUCGCCGAUUCUGACAGACGAUGCAGAGUUUGACCCACUGAGCCCCACGUUAGCAACUGCAGUCGCCGACGAGGACGAGCGCGCGGAGACCUUCCUCGAGACUGUCGUGAAGAAGGCCAUCUGCGGCGCCAUCUCCAAGGGGGCCGCGCAGGCGUCCUUCGUGCGCAACGUCGUGCAUGCCUUGGGCGACGAGUUUAUGGACGUGGAUCUGCUUGAUGUCGGCGGGAACCUCGCCGCCAUCAUCGCUGACAUGCUCGACCUGCGCAACGUUUGGGCCGUUGCCUUCGGCGACGGGCCCUGCUUCGACAUCUCCCUGGACGCCUACGCCGCCUUCGACCGCCUCCACAAGACGAUGGUGUCUUCAGGCACGUCCGCGCUGCACCACGUCGGCGCAACUAUUAGGAGGACGCCAUACUAUUGCACACCGUUUCAGAAGUUCUUCAGCAAGAUCCCCUACCUGAAGGAGAACUUGUCCACCUUCCGCGAGGCCAUCGCCGCGCUCCAGGAUGCGAAGGUCGACGGCGGCUUGCAGGGCGUCGACAUCGACGCGCUGCGCGUCUAUUGCGGCAAGUGUAUCGCGUGGGCGUCUGGCUUCCCAGAAGGCUACUGCGACGCGUUCGAUGGCGACCUGAAGGAUGCUGUAUGCAGGGUUUGCAUGUCCCUGCGUGCCGACGCCGACCCGCAGCUUCUGGAGGCAAGUCGGGUUCAGACGAUCUCGAAGUUGGCGCAGGAGGCGUCCCUGGUCUUCGCGUUGGACACGGCGGUCAGCGAGUCCACCAGCAGCGUGGCCGCCUUCCUUGGCCAGUUGGAGGCGCUGAACAGCAAGACCAAGUUGGUGGAGCUUUGCAAGGCCUUGUGGGAUGAUGUCAGCCUGGAGAGCAUUCAGACGGGGAUUCCGUUCAAGGAUAACUGCACUGACGCCAUCAAGGCGCUUCUCAAGAUGCUCCACAAUUACCGCGCUGGGCCGAUCAAGAAGGCGGACCCCGCUGCAUUUCCUGUCAUCGCUGCGGCAAUGGACGGUCUCGUGGUUGAGAUUGCCACAGCGGGCUUUGGCAAAGAGUACGAUGAAGAUGCGUUGCAGUGCCUCGACAAGUUGUACGCGGCCACUGGGCACAAGGACGACGCGAUGGAGAAGACCAUCGCCAUCUUCAAGUUGGGCGCCGCCCUGGCUUCCACGAUGAAGGAGGCCCAUGCCUUCAUGAACACGCCUGACUACGACCAGAACCCCGAUUGGCCAGAUGUAGUUCGCGGUGUCGGCUUGAAGGCGCAGAAGAUGUCGGACGUCAUGCCCAAGGAUGGUGGAGCGUUUGACGGGCUGCCAGACACGUUCUCCGAGGUCAUCCGCGACAUGAUCCAAGGUGCCAAUACCAUGGUCAGCAACAGUGGUCGUGACCAGCUGGCACGGUCUGAAGCCGAGCUCACCAAGGCAAUGGAGACGGUCGGCAAGAUGCAGUACGCAACGUUGAACGGGAAGCCGUGGUUUGAGGGCUUGCCUGCAAGCCCGACCAUGGCGAAGAUCACCUCCCAUAUGAAGACUGCGACCGACGGCUUCAGCUUCGUGGCCUUCAAGGAGAGAAUCCAGUCGUUGGAGGACGCUGUCAAUAAGUACACGACCGCGGCUGGCUUCAUGUCUGAGAAGGUGAACGGUGACGACGUCGAGAAGGCCAACGCGAUUGUGUUCAGAGCGCGCACCUCGUUGACUGAGUGCCUGAUCUGCAUGCACGCGGAGUCGCAUGCGAACAACGUGGACAAGAUGAGGGCAGCGAUCGUGGCGGAGCUCAAGGUGUUCCGUGCCAGCAAGGGUGCCGCGAAGGAUCUUAACCCAGCGCUGCAGUCUGCCUUGCGCUGCGUGAUUGCUGGCAGGCAGAGUUAG